CAACCAUAGAAUAUUUUCUGAAGGUAGUGAACCAUAUGACAAUAGUCACACUAAACUUAUAUUUGUUUGAAGUCUGAAAUCAAAACAACUUAUAUUAACUUCAAAUUGUGAUUGCUUAUACUUUCAUUGUUUACAUUCAGUCACUAAAUAUGGCGUCUAGACUGCCUGAGCAUGAACGAGAAGAUAUCAGAAGUACGUUUGAAUUAUUCGAUGCUGAUAAAUCAGGAGCACUCUCGCGAGAGGAAAUCGCUAAAGUUGUUAGGAAUACAGGUUGUAAUCCGACAGAAAAAGAACUAGAGGAAAUGUUUAAAGCAAUCGAUACUGAUGGCUAUGGCGAAGUUCAGUUUAAUCAGUUUUUGGAGUACUACGCUAAGCAUUUUUAUGAUCCUCUACGAAACGAAGAACAAGAAACACGAGAAGCCUUCUCAAUGUUCGACCUAAAUGGUGAUGGUUAUAUAGAUCUACACGAGCUUAAAACAGUAAUGACCGCGAUGGGAGAUGAAAAAAUGUCGGAAGCAGAUUUCCGAGAAAUGAUAAAAGAGGCUGAUGUUGAUUUUGAUGGUAAAGUAGAUUAUACAGAGUUUACUAGAUUGAUGAAUAAGAAGUUCUGACAUAGCGCUUCAACAUGGAUGAUAGCAUUUAAGAAAACAUCUUUUGACAACUUUUUCAUAAGCAGUGAAUAUAUACAAUAAAAAUGCUUAUUCAUUUAUAA